AUUCACGAUGCGUGUUGACACAACGCUAUCGCUCCUUCUGGCAUCGCUCGUGGCUAUACCCGCGUCGGUGCUCGCCCUGCCCAUUGGCUCCCAAGGUGCGGACCUUCAGGAGCGUGGGUUCGAGUACGAUGCGGAGGUCAUGGCGCGUGCCGUGGUCGAUGCGCUCGAGGGUCGGAAGGUCACCCGGGUGUGGCACGAGGCGCGCGCACCUAUGCCGUCGGAGCCACCGUCGUACAGCAAACUCGACCCGAUCAACGGUGCUAAGCCCGGCUACUCGCAGAAGGACCCGCACAAGCCCAAGCAGAAGCCGAAAGGGUCCAAGUUCUGGCAGACACCGCCUCGCUCACUCGACGAGCUGGAGGAACUGGAAGCCCGCGAGCCGUCGAGCGUGCGCUGGUGGGAGGCGCGUGCGCCCAUGCCCUCCGACCCACCGAAGUACAGCAAACACGACCCUAUCAACGGCCCCAAGACGGGCUAUUCGCAGAAGGACCCCGCCCCCGUCCCCAGGUACCGUCAGAAAGACCCGCAUAAGCCCCCCCAGCCGCCGAAGGGCUCGAAGUUCUGGCCGACGCCGCCGCGGUCCCUCAACGAUGUCGAGAUGAUGGAGGAUAUGGAGUAGAGGUUGCAAUAUGUACAUGACCGUCGAUCCCCAUUCACGAAUGAGAUUGAAGUUUUCGUUA